AUGGACUUCACAUUGAAACAAGAUGAUAGUAGUGUGUGGCGCCUAACUAGAAUCUACGGCUUUCAUGAGGAAGGGAUAAAACAUGAGACUUGGAAGCUUUUAGAAAAUCUGGGAGAAGGGAAUGUGUCACCAUGGUUAUGCUUCGGAGAUUUCAAUUGUACUCUGAUGCAUUGCGAAAAACAGGGUGGUAAUCCCAAAAACCAGAACGAAAUUGAUGGCUUUCGAGAGUCAAUGAACAAUUGUCACCUUAGGGAUUUACAUUUUGUAGGUCCUUCCUUUACGUGGAGCAAUAACCGAGCUGAUGAUGAAAACAUUCAAGAGAGACUGGAUCGUUUUGUCGCUACGGAGGAUUGGAUCAAAUUAUUCCCCUGCUCAAUGGUUGAACAUCUGCCUCGCCGCAAGAAAAAGAAGAAAAGAAGGAGGGGUUUUAAAUUUGAAAAGGAGUGGCUCCGUGACGAUGAAUAUGGUAACAUUAUCUCGGAGGCAUGGAAUUUGGAUCCGGAUAGCAAUGUGAAGCAGAAAAUUGAAGCGUGUUCUGCCAGGUUGCGCUCAUGGAGCUCAAAUAAAUCAAUUGAUUUUACCGAGGAGAUUAAGUGCCGUAGAGAAAGAAUGGCAGCCUUAAUGAACCUUGAGCCAACAGAUGACAACAUUGCAGAAAUGAAAGAAAUUGACAAGGAGAUUGAUGAGCUAGAGGGGAGAGAAGAAGCAUACUAG